AUGUUCAACUUGCCGUGGCAGAAAUCCCGCGGCUCAAAGUCGUCGCCCAGUACUGUACUAAGCGAGCUACAUGUUGGCAGUUCUGUUCCGACCAUUCCAGCUUCUAAAAACCGCCCAAACAGCUCACGAUCCAUCACAACCACAUGUUCGUCUUGUGGAAGCAGUAUAAGCUUACCGCCACACCUCCGAUCAUUCCUGUGCUCUACCUGCAACACCAUAAAAGACUUGCGAUCGACUAGCGUCCGAGGGGGGGAUCUGGAGCCAGUAUCGUGUGCACUGCUGGAAAAGUGGAUUGAAACACCCCAUUCUCUGUGCAAGAACCUCUUUGACAGCUUUUCGUCACCAACCUGCCUAAACGCUUCAUUCCAUAUGUCCAACGUCAAAUUGCACUCCAUUAGCACGUCUCAUGGCCUAGAUCUGGAUGAAAUCGAUGUCUUCUUUCAACAAGUAUGGAGUUUGGGUCCGGAACCGCAAUUGGCAGUUUUGAGAGGUGCUCUAAAGCUGCUUAGAAGGCCGCGCAUGUUACUCGACAAGCCCGAAAAGCUGCGCUUCUUGAUCAUCCUUAUGGCCAUUCCUUCGCUGCAAAAUGUGAGUCUGCUGAACAGAGGACUGAGUGAACAGAUGAAGGAACAGAAAGAAGGUAAGAGGGUGAGGGGUCCCAGGGUAGCUACCCCUGAGUUUCAAGAAAGGAGAAGACCUUCUGGCGAUGUUCCCAGAGGGGAAUCUGAGGGCCGGACUAAAGUGGGAGAGCGCAAGGGUGGUGAGAACGGCGUUUCCGACCGUGCCGGGCUGUCUCAAAACAAGGGGAAUAUUCCUGUUGGUGUUCCUGCACCAGUAAGAAAGCCCGAUGGAAGUUUUGGUGUCACAGGUGGAGGCGCUGCUGGCAGGAGGGAGAGCGCGGGGAGUGCGAUCCCGGGGGUUACUGGAGGAAGUAUUACAUCAAAAGAGAGGUCGCGCGGUGAAAGUGGCAGUAGUCCCAGUUCUAUUUCACCUGGAGAAUCCCGCCCAGGGUAUCGUGGUGAACCUGUGAGCUCAGGUAGGCGAGGAGGUGCUGGAGAAACACCGCCCAAUGGCGCGUCUGAGUCACGUGUAUCGCCACCGGCUGAGCUCCAUGACAUGCCCCCUGCUAACCAUGUGCGAUCUAACUCUUCCAAUCGAUGCAUGGGACCACCGCCUCCUACAUCAUCGAUCCCUUAUCUUUCUUACUGCAUCCUAUCACACCUCAUCGGCUACCAGGCCCAUACAGGUGCUGAACUCAACAAAAACAUUGUCAACUGGUAUCUGCGCUUUUCCAGUGACCGGUUUUCCCUCGUUGUAGACAUGGUGAAUUCGUUCAUCUCCAGUCGACUGACGUACAUGUAUCGGCAUUCGAGUGAUGGAGAUGAUGAUGAGGGUGUCAGCGGGGGGGUUGGGAGUGGAGGCAGUAGUGGUGGACGGGUCUGGUCGCGUGAUCGUGGUCCUGCCGCUACACCUGGGUCUCUUCCUAAGGUGGGCCCAGUUAGUGGCUUGACUCGGUCUUCGAGCAAGUCACGUCGCUCACGGAAAAUCCGGAUCUACGACUACUGCAAUGACUGGCAAAUUACAGCAGCUGCCCGUUUCAUGUCUGUGCUGUUCAACGUCAAUUUCGUCGCCUCUUACUUACCCACGUCGCAAUUUUACAACACAAUGGUUGAUUUCGUGGAUGUUUGCGGUGAUUUCGGGGCUUGGCAAUCGCGUGAUGGUACCAAUUUGAAUGCAGACAUGCUCUGUAACGGGUCGCUAUUUGGGGGAACUGAUACCUCUCCAGAUGCGACCAAGUUCACGUUUUGUGCCUUUCCUUGUCUGCUUUCUCUUGGAGCUAAGACUUCGGUGCUCGAAUAUGAUGCCAAGAAGCAGAUGGAAUUCAAAGCUCGGGAGGCAUUCUUCGACUCUCUCAGUCAGCGCCAGCACAUUGAACCAUAUCUCAAGAUCAAGGUGAAACGGGAAUCCCUUCUUGCCGAUUCUUUAUCUGAGAUAGAACGUAACAACGGCAACUACAAAAAGUCCUUGCGUGUUGAGUUCGUGGGCGAACCUGGCAUUGAUGUUGGCGGAAUCCGAAAGGAGUGGUUCUUGCUAUUGAAGACUGCUCUCUUCAACCCGGCCAGAAACUUAUUUGUCGAGGAUGAAGAGUCGCAUUACUGCUGGUUUAACCCUGGUUGCAAAGCUCAGGACGGUGACCUUCGAGAAUACAGACUUGCCGGUGUAAUUACUGGCUUGGCACUGUAUAACUCUAGCAUGCUCGACUUGCCACUUCCUCCAGUUGUUUUCAAGAAGCUCUUGGGAUGUCCGGUCGGACUCGAAGACUUCACAGUUGUGAAUCCGACGGUUGGGCGGUCGCUCUCGCAGCUUCUGAAGUUCACUGAGUCUGAAGUGGAGUCACUGAACCUCAGCUACAAUGUCAUUAUCGAUUCUGAGGGUGUGAAGAAGUCGUGUGACUUAAUCAGCAAUGGAAGCCACGUGAGUGUCACGACACGUAACCGGCGUGAUUACGUUUCAAGGCUGGUCAAGUUCUUUCUGGAAACAUCUAUUUCAACAACGUUUGCAGAAUACAAGAAAGGCUUCCAUUCCGUUGUGGGAGGCAAUGCCCUCUCAUUGUUCCGCCCGGAAGAGCUUGAAGCGCUAGUGAAGGGAUCUUCAGAACCUUUGGAUAUCGGCACCCUGAAAACCGUCACUAGAUACCAGAACUUCACUACUGAAGAUCCGGAGUCGGAACUUGUCGUGAGAUGGUUUUGGAAAUGGGCUGAGAACCUAGAGGAGGAGAAGCAGAAGAAGUUGCUACGAUUCAUCACUGGAAGUGACAGGAUUCCUGCCACAGGUAUUUCGAACAUGAACUUCAAGAUUACUUUCUCGGGUCCCGACUGUGACCGUUUCCCCGUGAGUCACACUUGUUUUAACGAGCUGUGUGUGUAUGGAUAUUCGAGCAGGCAGAAGUUCAUUGAUAAGAUCGUUAUGGCAAUGAACGAGAGUGAAGGGUUCGGUAUUAGAUAG